AUGGGUCCUUGGGUAUCUUCAGAAUCUGCCAUCAGACAAAUGUUGGCUUCUUCAUUUGAAUCGCUUGAGCUUGUUGAACUUGAGGCAUUGUCCUCCCAAGCUAUACGCACCCUUAGCAUAAACAAUGUUUUGACUGUGACCGACCAUUUUCGCAAAGAUUUUGAAAGAAUAUCAAAGCAAGCUCUGAUACCAUGGAGCUAUGGCUUGGCCUCGGGAGCAAGCAUAAGGGAGCAGGCACAAAGGAGCAGGUCUGAAGCAGUUGGAGCACCAGGCAUGGAUGAGGACGAGGAUGAGGAGAACUUCGAGGAUGUUGAUGAUGGAGAUCAGGAGGACUCAGAUGAGGACAUGGAUUGA